CGCCGUACGGUGGCCCGGAGGAGGCCGCCGGUGUUUCCGCGGCGAGCGCGUCUAGAAGCGCUGCGGGAGCUGCGCGGAGCGUCGUUUCCCUCAUCCGGCUCCCCGAGUCCCGAAGAGGGACCCUCGCAGCGGUCACCAUGGUGAAGGAGCAGUUCCGGGAGACGGAUGUGGCCAAGAAAAUAAGCCAUAUCUGCUUUGGCAUGAAGUCCCCUGAGGAGAUGCGCCAGCAGGCGCACAUCCAGGUCGUGAGCAAGAACUUGUACAGCCAGGACAACAACCACGCCCCCUUGCUGUAUGGGGUGCUGGACCACAGGAUGGGCACAAGUGAGAAGGAUCGUCCUUGUGAAACCUGUGGGAAAAACUUGGCCGACUGUCUGGGCCACUACGGAUACGUUGACUUGGAAUUGCCUUGUUUUCAUGUGGGAUACUUCCGAGCAGUUAUAGGCAUCUUACAGAUGAUUUGCAAAACCUGCUGCCACAUCAUGCUGUCCCAGGAGGAGAAGAAGCAGUUUCUGGACUAUCUAAAGAGGCCCGGCCUGACCUACCUUCAAAAGCGAGGCCUAAAGAAGAAGAUCUCUGAUAAGUGCAGGAAAAAAACCAUUUGCCAUCAGUGUGGUGCUUUUAAUGGUACUGUAAAGAAAUGUGGAUUACUGAAGAUAAUUCAUGAGAAAUACAAGACCAACAAAAAAAUAGUGGAUCCAAUUGUAUCAAAUUUCCUUCAGUCUUUUGAAACAGCCAUCGAACAUAACAAAGAAGUAGAGCCCCUACUGGGAAGAGCCCAGGAAAACUUAAAUCCCUUAGUAGUUCUGAAUUUAUUUAAACGAAUCCCUGCUGAAGAUGUCCCUCUGCUUCUCAUGAACCCGGAAGCUGGAAAGCCCUCCGACUUGAUUCUCACGCGACUUUUGGUGCCCCCUCUGUGUAUCAGGCCCUCUGUUGUGAGUGAUCUGAAGUCCGGCACCAAUGAAGAUGAUCUGACAAUGAAAUUGACAGAAAUCAUUUUCCUAAAUGAUGUCAUUAAAAAGCAUCGGAUAUCUGGCGCUAAGACGCAGAUGAUCAUGGAGGACUGGGACUUCCUGCAGCUGCAGUGUGCCCUCUACAUUAACAGCGAGCUCUCAGGCAUUCCCCUCAACAUGGCGCCCAAGAAAUGGACCAGAGGUUUUGUCCAGCGCCUGAAGGGAAAACAGGGUCGAUUUAGAGGCAACCUUUCAGGAAAGAGAGUGGAUUUUUCUGGCAGAACAGUCAUCUCACCCGACCCCAACCUCCGGAUCGAUGAGGUAGCGGUGCCAGUUCAUGUGGCCAAAAUUCUGACUUUUCCUGAAAAGGUGAACAAAGCAAACAUCCAUUUUUUGCGGAAACUGGUUCAAAAUGGCCCUGAAGUUCACCCAGGAGCCAAUUUCAUUCAGCAGAGACAUACGCAGAUGAAAAGGUUUUUGAAGUACGGAAAUCGGGAAAAGAUGGCUCAGGAGCUCAAGUAUGGCGACAUCGUCGAGAGACAUCUCAUAGAUGGAGAUGUGGUGCUGUUCAACCGGCAGCCCUCGCUGCACAAACUGAGCAUCAUGGCUCAUCUGGCCAGGGUCAAGCCCCACCGGACCUUCAGAUUCAACGAGUGUGUCUGUACGCCCUACAACGCAGACUUCGAUGGUGAUGAAAUGAAUCUUCAUCUUCCUCAAACAGAAGAAGCUAAAGCAGAGGCUCUUGUUCUGAUGGGGACUAAAGCAAACCUUGUUACCCCAAGGAAUGGGGAACCACUGAUUGCUGCUAUUCAGGAUUUUCUAACAGGAGCCUAUCUCCUCACUCUUAAAGACACUUUCUUUGACCGAGCCAAGGCUUGCCAAAUUAUUGCUUCAAUAUUGGUCGGCAAGGAUGAGAAAAUCAAAGUCCGCCUUCCACCCCCUACAAUAUUGAAGCCUGUCACCCUGUGGACUGGAAAGCAGAUCUUCAGUGUCAUCCUCAGACCUAGCGAUGACAAUCCAGUGAGGGCCAACCUGCGAACCAAGGGCAAGCAGUACUGUGGCAAAGGGGAAGACCUCUGCGUCAAUGAUUCCUAUGUUACUAUCCAGAACAGCGAGUUGAUGAGUGGCAGCAUGGACAAGGGAACAUUGGGAUCGGGAUCCAAGAACAAUAUUUUCUACAUUUUGCUGCGAGACUGGGGGCAGAAUGAAGCUGCUGAUGCGAUGUCGCGGCUUGCCAGGCUGGCUCCCGUCUACCUCUCUAACCGGGGAUUUUCCAUUGGGAUUGGUGACGUCACACCUGGUCAAGGACUGCUGACGGCCAAAUACGAGCUGCUGAAUGCCGGCUACAAAAAAUGUGACGAGUACAUCGAGGCCUUAAACACGGGCAAGCUGCAGCAGCAGCCCGGCUGCACAGCUGAGGAGACUCUGGAGGCCUUGAUCCUGAAGGAGCUGUCUGUGAUCCGGGACCACGCGGGCAGCGCCUGCCUCCGAGAGCUCGACAAGAGCAACAGCCCCCUCAUCAUGGCCCUUUGUGGCUCCAAAGGUUCCUUCAUCAACAUAUCACAGAUGAUUGCCUGUGUGGGCCAGCAGGCCAUCAGCGGCUCUCGAGUGCCAGACGGCUUUGAAAACAGGUCCUUGCCUCACUUUGAAAAACACUCCAAGCUCCCAGCUGCCAAAGGCUUUGUGGCCAAUAGCUUCUAUUCCGGUUUGACACCAACCGAGUUUUUCUUCCACACCAUGGCUGGCCGGGAAGGCCUGGUCGACACAGCCGUGAAGACAGCUGAGACAGGGUACAUGCAGAGGCGGCUUGUAAAAUCCCUCGAAGAUCUCUGCUCACAGUACGAUCUGACUGUCCGCAGCUCUACUGGAGAUAUUAUCCAGUUCAUUUAUGGGGGAGACGGCUUAGACCCUGCAGCUAUGGAGGGAAAAGAUGAACCCUUAGAGUUUAAAAGGGUUCUGGACAACAUCAAAGCGGUCUUCCCGUGUCCCAGUGAGCCUGCCCUCAGUAGGAACGAGCUGACCCUGACCAUGGAGUCCAUCAUGCAGAAGAGCGAGUUCCGCUGCUGCCAGGACAGCUUCCUCCAGGAAAUAAAAAAAUUCGUAAAGGGGGUUUCUGAGAAGAUCAAGAAAACCAGAGAUAAAUAUGGCAUCAAUGAUAACGGCACGACAGAGCCCCGCGUGUUGUACCAGUUGGACCGGAUCACCCCCACCCAGAUAGAAAAGUUUCUGGAGACCUGUAGAGACAAGUACAUGAGGGCCCAGAUGGAGCCCGGCUCUGCGGUGGGCGCCCUCUGCGCCCAGAGCAUUGGCGAGCCAGGCACCCAGAUGACCCUGAAGACUUUCCACUUCGCAGGUGUGGCCUCCAUGAACAUCACCCUGGGCGUGCCCCGCAUCAAAGAGAUCAUCAAUGCCUCCAAGGCCAUCAGCACUCCGAUCAUCACGGCUCAGCUGGACAAAGAUGACGAUGCUGAUUACGCUCGCCUUGUGAAAGGGAGAAUUGAGAAAACCCUCCUGGGAGAGAUCUCAGAGUACAUUGAAGAAGUGUUUCUCCCUGAUGAUUGUUUUAUUCUCGUCAAGCUCUCCCUGGAACGGAUUAGACUUCUGAGACUGGAAGUGAACGCUGAGACGGUGCGGUACUCCAUCUGCACGUCCAAGCUGCGUGUGAAGCCCGGGGACGUGGCUGUGCACGGCGAGGCUGUGGUGUGCGUCACCCCCAGGGAGAACAGCAAGAGCUCUAUGUACUACGUGCUCCAGUUCCUGAAGGAGGACCUCCCCAAGGUGGUGGUGCAGGGCAUCCCAGAGGUGUCCAGGGCUGUCAUCCACAUCGACGAGCAGAGCGGGAAGGAGAAGUACAAGCUUCUGGUGGAAGGCGAUAACCUGCGGGCCGUCAUGGCCACACAUGGGGUGAAGGGCACCCGGACCACCUCCAAUAACACCUAUGAGGUGGAGAAAACCCUGGGCAUCGAAGCUGCCCGGACGACAAUCAUCAACGAGAUCCAGUACACGAUGGUCAACCACGGCAUGAGCAUCGACCGCAGGCACGUGAUGCUGCUCUCCGACCUGAUGACCUACAAGGGUGAGGUCCUGGGCAUUACAAGGUUUGGCCUGGCGAAGAUGAAGGAGAGCGUGCUGAUGCUGGCGUCCUUCGAGAAGACAGCGGACCACCUCUUUGACGCUGCCUACUUUGGGCAGAAGGAUUCUGUGUGUGGAGUGUCUGAGUGCAUCAUCAUGGGAAUUCCAAUGAACAUCGGAACCGGGCUCUUCAAGCUGCUCCACAAGGCCGACAGGGACCCAAACCCUCCCAAGAGGCCCCUGAUCUUCGACACAAACGAAUUCCAUAUUCCCCUUGUCACCUAGUCUGGGGUAAGAGUGACUGCCUGAUUUUGGGGCCCUUGUCCUGUCUGGAAGGGGGCUCGAGACCAGCAGCUGACUUGGAAAACUUUGUGCUUUCUGGGACAGAGGCACUGGUGUCCCCAGCCUGUGCCAGCAGUCAGAGAGUGCGCCUGGAACCCCCAGAAGCAGCGCCUCACCUGAUGUGGAGCAGCUCACAAGAGGGACCCUGACUACACCACAUCGUUGGGAGAGCGGGGACGUGCGUUUGUUGACACCUAGUCAGCACCUCUUGCCCACCUCACCUUCCUGGACUUGAGAGGGGGCCCCAGCCAGGCGUCACUGCAAGUCCCCACCUCACUCUGCUCCUUUUGUCAGCUCCCAGGGUCUCCGCCCCGCUGUAAUGCUGGAGUCCCAAUGUGGGAGACCCAUGUCAAUGUUGUUACUAUUAUUUAUUUGCUCAGUUUGAGGGACUUGGGAUUUUUGUUGUUAUUUUGGUUUUAUUUUUGAAACCAAGAAACUAUAAAACCAGCAUUGAAGCAUCUCUGCAAAAACUGAUUGUGAAAAUAGGAUUUGUAGCUGGGCUGACCUGUCCUGAGGCCAGGCUGCUCUGAAGUGUCCUCCAUGUGCACCCCUGGCUCCCGGUUGUUCUCUCGUACACCUGUGUCCAGGGAUGGCUCCACCUGUGACAAGAGUCAGCCCUAUCUUUGUGGCACAGAGAAGCCUGGCUGGAGUCUGGGGCCUGCUGAAGUGAGAGCCGGCUCACCUGAGUCUCUCAGGUGUACAUGUGGGUGAUGAGUGGCGCUGCUGGCGUCCAUGCCAAGAGUGGGUCAAGAGUGCAAGGGCAGAUGCAGAACUGGGGCCCAGAACCUGCCCCAGAGGCAGUGGCGGGAGAGGGGCCCUCCUGGUGCAGGCAGGCACCAGCUUUGAAGGGUAACAGGGUCACCCAGACAGAGGAAGGGUGGAGGCCGGGGUGCCAGCUGGAGCAGGGGGGUGUGCCCCAGUGGCAGUAGCAGCUCCCUGAAGAGCACAAGCCUCCUGACAGUAGAAAGGACCCAUCCAGGCUGUGAGGAAGAACAGCAGGACAGCCCGGGAAGCCACUGCUCCAUUGCUUGUUCGGCUUCUGACAAUCACUGCACCGUUGCUGGCGGGAUUCUUGAGGGGGGUUUGUGCAGCAAAGAAAUGUCAGUUGCUUGUCUUUUGAAGAGAAGAAGGGUUUUGCUCUAGAGACAAUGUGUUCUUUGUUCUGAGUUUGCUCAUUAGGGUUGGCCCAGGGCCAGGGAGAAGUAGUGGUGAUGGCUGCAGCUCCGCUCCCUCUGGAAAAGGCUCUGUGGGCCCGUCCUUCAGCCCUUCCCAACCCAGAGCCGAGUGUCAGUUGUUCUGACACUUCCUUCCUACCUCCUGGGGCCUUGGAAAACCAAGGUGGCUUAGUUAGGAGUGAGAUGAUAAUUAAAAAUGUGGAUUCGACCCAACUUUCUUGCCCCACACACCCUAUUUGUUGUUCCACACGCUUGUCUACUUCUGAAAUGACACAGCCAACAUUUCUGACUGUGUCAACCUCUUGGAAGAAACAGCCAGAAAGAACCAAAGAGCAAAAAGAUGGCUUAGAUGAUUGAAGAGAUGGACGUGAUAAGAGGUAGAGGAGGCCCCCAGAACUCAAGCAGCCUUUAUGGGGUUAAAUGUACAUCCUUGGAGCUUUCACCAAGUCGCGGGCUAAUGCUGCUGGGAUGCCAAGUAUAACCACUGGUUCUUGGAUCUGCAUUAGAGCGAAUACUUCCUCUCCCAUACUGAUGGGAUCCUGAGUUACAAAUUCUUGACAUGACUUACGACCAAUGCUCAGGUUAGAGAUUCUAUUAAAGAUUGCGUUCGGCUCUGCAGUCUUCCUGCACCCGUGGGUUGGUCCAUGAACUUCUCUCGGGGCAUCAGUGACAUGAAAAAAAGCCAUUUAUCUUAGUGUUCACCCCACCACCCCACCCCCAUGUCUUUGAACUGAGCAAGCCUGGAUCAAGCUGAAGAGUUGAAUCUUUCAACAAAUAUCGAUUCAGGGUGUUCACUUGAGACCUCACCCAGGUCAUUAUUUCUCACGCCCCUGUGAGAGCCCCACAUAGCUGCCUGGAAAGCUUGGAGCACAAGGGGCAGGGGAGGGCUGAACGCAACGGCAGGAGGGAACAGCAGCGCCCAGUCUCCCGUGUGACACACACUUGCAAUGAGGAGAGCCCGGCAGCAGUGUGCUGCUGGGAGUGUGAGCGUGGCAGGAGCCGCAGCCGGUUUGCGUGUGUGAGUGCGUGCGAGGCGUCUGACCGUCACGUGUGCAGAGGCACAGUGGGGUUUAGGUCACCCGAGGUGCAACAUCACCAGGCAAAGCGGGGUCCUUCUGCCUGGCACUGCCAGUCCUGUGGGACCCUGACACGGACAAGGCCGGCCGCUCAACCCUACUCUGUUCCCCACUCUGUGUUCUGUGGCUGGGUGUUCAGUGUCCUGUCCCCGAUGUGGCCACCUGCUCUGGCCCCAGCAUUUGGUUUUAGGCAAGUGCAAAGCUCGAGCCAGAUAGAAAUCCAUCCUCAAGAGGCAGUGCCACAGAAGGUUAGCCUGGGCCUAUUUGGAAGAAACAAGGAAAACACAUUCGAAUUCCACCUCCCCCACCAGCAGGUACGUAUUUCUGCACCGUGGUCUACGCCGUCCUUUGGCCUUUUUACAUGUCCUGUACAGAAUGACAGAGAGCUGUUUGACUCCGUUACAGCCCCUGCUUUCUGGGCUCCUGGGAGUGAAGAGAACCUGGAGCCUUUGAGCAUCUGUGGAGUUAAAUUAUGGCGCUGGAUUUCUAUUUUGGGUUAAUCCAUGUGUACUCACAUCGAUCCAUGUCUGAUUGAGCCUGACACUAUACAAUGAUUAUUUUUCUGGCAUUUUGUCUGUCUCUUGGCAGAGCUGUUAUUUUUCUGCCAAAACUCCAAAGAGGGUAAACUUGCUGUAUGUAAAACUCUAGCAGAGUCGUCCUUGUGGGUUGUGAAGUGGCAAUUGAGAUACGCGUAGGGCCUCCCAUGCCACAGCCCGUGUCUGGGUGCUGGAGGUCAACAGUGAGUGCCCGCCCCAUCCUGGUGACUUAGAAAUGAAGGGAACGUGAUUGCCCCUGGUGGUGUAGCGGAUUCAAACCCAGUGGGAGGCAAUCAGAUGUCUCCUAAACUCAGGCACUGGAAGUACCCCUGGCCAGGAUGGGGUGCCUGGCUCAGCGGUUCGUUCAUUCAUUCAACAAAUACUGGUCAGAGGCACCAUAGUACACACGAGGAGUAUAGCAGCAAACAAAAGAGGCAAAUCAGAGAGAUAUUAAACCAUCUAAAAGGAAUUCUUCAGCAAAAGAAGGUAGAACGGGGACCAGGACCCUACUUGGCACGGAUACGUCUGUCACAGUCUGGGGUGGAAGCUGCAGAACUGAGGGCUUGCCUCUGUGGGGAGACCUGACAUGUCAGACCUCAUCCUGAUCCCUCUGAGCCUGCCCAGCCCCCUGCUUCCGAUCCCUCCCUACAGGGGCCUUCAUGCCCCUAAUUGGGCUCCCUCUUGGCUGAGGUUUCUAGAGGGUGCCCUAAACAAGAGGCACGAGCCUGCAGUCACAAAGGAUGCAACCAUCCUCUGCCCACCCCACAUGUGUCAGCACUUUGAAUAAGUGAACAUUAAAUCCAUGAAUAUUUGCUGAGUUGGUCUGUGCCAGGUGGCGUACCAGGCUCUCGGGGAGUGCGUGGUGCAGACUCACCCAGUCCCUGCCUGGGUCAUGGCUGUCUCGUGUCUGAGAGCCUGGGUUCUCUGAUCAGACUGCGGGAUUCAAAGCCCUGCUCCCUCACUGAAGCCAAUAACCUCAGACUAACAGCUUAAUCUUUUCUUGCCUCACUUUACUUAUUCAUGAAACGGGCAUAACAGUAGUACCUAACGCACGGGGUCACUGAGACUUAAACCGUUAACAUGCACACGAAGGCCUUAGUACGCGGUACACAGCCAUUAAACGCUUUCCGUUAUGGUGACUGUUAUUGUUUUUAUGGAAAAACGUAGCUUCACAGCUAAAAACCAGUCCCCUGAUCCUUCUUAGUUCUCCCGGAUGGAGCUGCCCUUGUCGGCCUUGGGGAUCAGGCCUCCGUGGACCUAACUCCUGCCCCCCCGUCUGCUUCGUCAGUGCUUCUUGGGCAGUAUGUUACACUGGGAGAAAAAGGCUGCGAGGGGGCUGACGUCGGCCUCGUGUGGUUGGGGGCUUCAACGUUUGGAUUUGGUAGAUCUCAUUUUCGAGUCAUGGGUGUACGACAGGAAUAACUGAGAUAGGUUAGACGUGGAUUUUUAUAUACAGAUAUGAAUAUUUAUGUAUUUAUUUAGAUUUAUUAUGUAACAGUGUCCAUGAGGUAUAACUUAAGCUUUUUUUUUUUCUUUUAACAGAGAAGUUCCAUUUAAAGUCACUAGCAAAGAAUAUAUA